GUUAGCCAUGGCGAAUUUAUAGCCACAAACAACACCUCAACAACUGCCGACACCGAUUCUAGCUUGACGCUUAUAAUAAUGUUUGGAUUUAACUUGACUUUUAACAAUCACAUGAACUUGAGCUGGGAGUACUGGAUGCCGUUAGAAGUAUUGACUACCUCCUUAAAUUUGAAGACAUUGUAAAAUCCAUCUACAAGUUCUAUGCAAGAAGCACCAAGAGGGGACGUGAUCUUCAAGCAUUCGCAGAUAUAUUGGAAUCGGCGUUUCUACACUAUGGGGACGUGAAAGCUGCACGAUGGGUAGCCAGCAAAGCCAGAGCCCUGAAAGCCAUACAGCAAAAUCUCUUCGCCACCCUAGGGCACCUAGAACAAGCUACGUCUGCGAACAAAACGGAAGAAAGCGGCAAAGCAAAGAAACUGCUACAUGAGAUGAAAUCUGCAAGGUUCGUGAAAUACCUGCACCUCAUGAAGGACUACCUUGAAAUCAUCACAGCUACAUCCGAGAAAUUCCAACAGAACAAACUAUUGAUCAUGGAGGUACCAUCAAAUCCACAACAGCUGUACUGACGCUGAUAAUGAAAGAACCGUGACAGCAAACAUCUACCUUCUAUGACCACUAUGAUCCAGAGACUGGGGACUUUACACAUGGAAACCAUGUAAUGAAAUUGUCUGGACAAAGUCCACUACCUAUGAAGAAGACAACGACAAAUCCACUCUUCUUAAGCAAACUGUCAAAUAUCGUGAAGUGAGAUUUAUGGACUUUAAUGAGAAACCCCUGAAGUGUUUUGAUGUCUUCAAUCUAAACAAAUGGCUAACCAAUGACACGGAACUUGUGAAACAUGGACGUGGUGACAUUAAAGAGUUGACAGCACUAUAUCGACACUCUGACAGACACUGAGCAAUCUUCAAUGAUCCGAGAAUGGACCAUCAUGAAAAACCUUCUGAGGUAUAAGAAAACUGGAAUAAACUGCCAUGACCUCUACUGUGAGUUGCUCCAGACCCAGCCUGCUGAUAUUCAGAACAUUCUGACCCUCGUGAACAUCAUGGUUUCAAUAUCACCUUCCACGGCAGAGUGUGAACGCCAAUUCUCUGCAAUGAAUUUCAUCAAGAACUCCAGGCGUUAUCAUAUGAACCAGGACACGCUGGAAGCUCUGAUGAGAGUUCAUGCAGAUGGACCACCACUCCAUGAAUACAAGGCGGAAGAGGCCAUCCACCACUGGAUGGACUGUGGACAUGGGACUACGUCACCUCUAAGGCCACAAGAAAACGAAUGCUACUGACUAAAUGAUAUCGAACCUAUAAGCACAAUGGAACACAAUACGGUUUAUUGUGUUAUUGUUUUGUUAAUAGAGUAUAUACUUUAAACUUUGACACUAGUUCAUACAAAAGAAUAUUAACUUCUAUUUAAAAUUAUUUUAUGAUAUUGACUGUGUACAUCCGACUCA